AUGCCGUCCAUCCUCAACAUAGCACACAUGUGCUCGCACCUGCAAAACGCAUCCAAAGCCCGCCUGGGCCUCACAUCCGUCCCCUCCACGAAAUACAACCUGCACCUCGCCCUCGCCCUCCACCGCUCCGGCUUCUUCUCCUCCGUCUACCGCUCCCCGGGCACCCGCCCCCCGACGCCCGAGCAAAUGGUCGCCCAGGUCCCCGAGCCCGUCACCUCCGCCACCGUCGCCCAGAUGCGCAUAUGGCUCGGCCUGAAAUACUGGGACGGCCGGCCCGUCCUGUCAAAGGCCCAGGUCAUUAGCAAGCCCUCCAGGCAGCUCACCGUCGACGUCGAGGAGCUCGGCCGCUUGACCAGGGGGUUCCCGACAAAGCUCAAGGGCGGCGUCGUGCAGGGCUUGGGCGUCGGCGAGUGUAUGUUUGUGAGCACGUCCAGGGGGGUUCUUGAGGCGAGGGAGGCGUUGGCGAGAAAGGUCGGCGGUGUGCUCAUGUGCCGCGUGUCAUGA